GUAAGACGUGUUACACACAUCAGCUGCCCCACUACAACCAGCCACUUCAGGUAGAGCAGAAUGCUUUCCUUCCCCAGAAGCGUCUGCCUCCUCCUGGCGACACUGCUGUGCUCUUAUCUACCCGCAGGCGAAGCUGAAGGUAAACCCGACAUGCCUCAGAACUUGAUAGUGACGCCUCAGGGGCCAUCCAUCAUGAUAAUGAAGUGGAGCAGACCCUCCAGUGCUGAAGUAGACCAUUAUUUUGUAUAUGUGGAGGGCGAAGACUUGAAAGACACAACUAUUGCCGAGUACUACAUUUGGGAAGGUCUUGAAGGUUGCACGACCUACACCUUCGGAGUAAAGACUGUGUCAUCAAGCGGAAGCGAGAGUGAUCCGACCGUGGCUGAUGGACGGACUGACGUCAGCUACCCUCCGGAACCACAAGACCUCCACGUGGUGAAUUACACUUACGACACGGUGACGCUGGCGUGGAGGAAACCUGCCACGCAGUGUGACAUCGAAAAGUAUAGAGUGACCUGCCAAGAGGAAGGAUCCCAGCCCGCGGAGACUGUCGUGAAUGAGACAACAGUGGAAGUGUCACAACUGACGCCAGAAACACUCUACACCUUCAGCGUGUACGCCAGUACUUCAGAGGGGGAAGGGCCCGCCGCCUCCAUCAGCCAGACCACGACAACAGCUCGUCCACCUGAAGGUAAGCCCGACAUGCCUCAGAACUUGGAAGUGAUGCCUGAGGGGCCAUCCAUGAUGUUGAUGAUGUGGAGUAAACCCUCCAGUAUUGAAGUAGACUGCUACUAUUUUGUAUAUGUGGAGGGCGAAGACUUGAACGCCACAACUUUUGAUGAGUACUACAUUUGGGAAGGUCUUGAAGACUGCACGAACUACACCUUCGGAGUAAAGACAGUGUCAUCCGGCGAAAGUGACCCGGCCGUGGCUGAUGGAGAGACUAACGUCGGCUACCCUCCGGAACCACAAGACCUCCACGUGAUGAAUUACACUUACGACACGGUGACGCUGGCGUGGAGGAAACCUGCCACGCAGUGUGACAUCGAAAAGUAUAGAGUGAUCUGCCAAGAGGAAGGAUCCCAGCCCGCGGAGACUAUCGUGAAUGAGACAACAGUGGAAGUGUCACAACUGACGCCAGAAACACUCUACACCUUCAGCGUGUACGCCAGUACUUCAGAGGGGGAAGGGCCCGCCGCCUCCAUCAGCCAGACCACGACAACAGCUGGUCUUGAAGACUGCACGAACUACACCUUCGGAGUAAAGACAGUGUCAUCCGGCGAAAGUGACCCGGCCGUGGCUGAUGGAGAGACUAACGUCGGCUACCCUCCGGAACCACAAGACCUCCACGUGAUGAAUUACACUUACGACACGGUGACGCUGGCGUGGAGGAAACCUGCCACGCAGUGUGACAUCGAAAAGUAUAGAGUGACCUGCCAAGAGGAAGGAUCCCAGCCCGCGGAGACUGUCGUGAAUGAGACAACAGUGGAAGUGUCACAACUGACGCCAGAAACACUCUACACCUUCAGCGUGUACGCCAGUACUUCAGAGGGGGAAGGGCCCGCCGCCUCCAUCAGCCAGACCACGACAACAGCUCCCGGUCCCCCUCAGAACCUAGUCGCCGAGGGAAUCAACUCCUCUGCCAUCAACGUCAGUUGGUCUGAACCAAAUUUACCACCUUCGUACUAUCUCCUCACUGACUACCAUAACAACAUUGAUGUAAGAAUUUUCGGCCUCCAGUUCAUGAUUGUCGAACUGGAACCAUGCAUGACGCUUGACAUCACCGUUUCUUCCUAUUACGAAGACAUUGAAAAAAAAUUCCCAGCGACAACCAGGGGUAAAACAACGGUCGGUGUUCCGCCGGAGCCCCAAAAUUGUUCAGUUGAUGUGGCCGAUAACUAUAUCACCGUGAACUGGGAAAAACCUAAAACCUCCUGCAAAAUAGAAACUUACAUCGUGAACUGGACGAUAAAAAAGUUAUGGGGAAGUGGUGAGGAGGAAAGCAACGGCAUUGAAACCAGAGGACUCUCCCACACGGAGAACAACCCGCCGCCCUACCACAGGUACACCUUCGAGAUCGCUGCGUCCGUUGAGGGGAUCGUCGGCGACGCCAUCUCGUGCAGCGGCACCACCUUAGAGACAAAUGCGGGGCCACCGGUGCUCGUGUCCUUGGUGUCGGAGGAGCAGGGCGAGGUGCGGGUCACGUGGGAGCCUCCUGCUGAGGAAAACGGAAACAUUACUCAUUACGGAAUAUAUUUAAAUGACGCAGACGACUAUGUGAAGGAGGUGAGCGAAGAGGUGCGCACCACGACCGUCACUCUGGAGGCCUGUGUCAGUGUCGAUAUUUCUGUUGCGGCUCGUAACGGCGCCGUCAAGAACGAUGGGUGGGGGGAGCGAUCUGAAGCCAAGAACGUGACUCCCGCUGGCGAUGCGUUGCCGGAACAGAUGGACUGUCUUCAGCACGGGCCUGAUUUGCUGGCGUGCUGGCUUCCCUACAGCACAGACUGUCCAGUGUCGCAAUACAACCUGCAGUGGGAAGGACACGUGCUCUGGUCACCUGGCGCCACAGACUCAAAUAGCACGACGCUGGGUUGGAGCCGGGACGAGAUCUGCUACAACAUUCCCUCCAUUCCCUACACUAAGUAUACAGUGAGUCUCAAUGUGGGCAUAAAUGCAGGGAAACCAAUAACAUGCUCCUCCACCACUCCCAUGGCAGCUCCUGGACCGCCAACGCUGGAGAAGUUACAGGUUGAGAAUUUCACAAUCAGCGUGACUUGGAAAGAACCUUUAGAGAAGAAUGGAAUCAUCAGUAAUUAUCGUGUGGAAUGGACGGACUGGAAUGGUAGAGUUGAUUCUCAAGUCACAGACAAAAACACGUUUUCCUAUCAGAUAAUGGAAAACUCGUGUGGCGGGGAGGUGGAUGUGACGGUGAGUGCGAAGACUACUGAUUUUGACGAGUUUGGCGAGAGAUCCCCACCGGAAAGUGUUUUACUCGUGAACUCAAUCUCGAGCCUGACAUGUGAGACCACGGAGCCAGGCGAGGUAGCACUCAACUGGGAGCUCCAGGAAUUGAAUUGUCCAGUCAACUUGUACAACGUUACAUGGAGCUUCACGUCGCUUUGGUCUGAGGACAAAGGCUCGGACUCUAAGUCCCUUAUCGGGAAUGUUUCAUCCGACACUCUGGAACAUUUGAAGCCGUACUCUGAGGUCUCGGUGGCGAUCUACGUUGAUAACUCAACGCAGCCAGCCAACUGCACCACCACAACGCAGGAGGAAGUCUCGGAUCCUCCGACAAACUUGCGUCAAACAGCAAAUAACUCUCAUUCCGCGACGGUUGCUUGGGAUAGCCCUGAAUCUGUGCGAGGGAAGCUUAGCUCGUGGCAUCUCAAUUGGACCACAGAGAAUGGUAAUCUUGUUGGCGAGCAGGACGUCAGUGCCACGAUUAAGACGUUUCAGAUCGAAGGACUCUCGUCAUCCUGGACGUACGUCGUUUCUGUCAUGGCCGUGAAUGGAGCAGGGAGAGGGAAACCAAGUAAUACGAAUGUGAAAACUGCAUAUGUUCCGAAAGAAACUCCACUUGGCCUCAUUCUUGGACUGUCCAUUGGUGGAGGGGUGCUGUUGAUCCUUCUUGCGAUCGGCGGGUUUGUUGUCUACUGGAAGAAACACCAGACAAAACCGCCAAGACCUGCUCCUUUCAUGCCAAACGUCAUCGAUUCCGAUAAUGAUAAACUGUAUAAAAGACAACACCAGAGCUCAGCUAAUCAGCGAUUUCAAGGGGAAGGCGAAACCAUUGAUUCUGGAACGAACCGAGAGUUGUAUCCUGAUGACAACAUGGAAACAGAACCUCCGAAUGAAACGUGUAAUGACGAUGAUACGGUUAACGAACAGUUCACCGUUCCAGAGAAUAUAAACAAUAUCCUCGAAGAGGCUGUGGACAGACGCUUGUCUCAGCAGGUGUCCAGCAACCUGGACCAUAAGGCGGUAUUCAACAGACGGCCGUCCCAGUUGGUGAACAUCAGGAUGAAUAGUUUUGAAGAAUAUAACAAACACUCCUCCCACCCGAACAUAGCUGCAGCAUCUGAACACGACAGAAGACCUUCCCACCAUGAGUCAAGGAGCAGGUCUAACAUGAGAGAAUUCGGAAGACGUCCCUCUCAGCAAGUAGACCUAGGCAAGCCUAAUCUAAUGGAAUAUGGAAGGCGUCCCUCUCAACAAAUAGACGUAGGUGGGCAUAACUUGAACGAAUUUGGAAGACGUCCCUCACAGCAGAUAGACGAACAUCGCCCGAGAACGAUGGAACACGGACGACGCUUCUCUCAGCAAAUCGAACCAGGAAAGCAGAGAUUGGGAGAAUACGGAAGACGGCCCCCGCAGCAAGGAGAGCUAGGUAGGCCUAAUUUACGGGAAUACGGAAGACGGCCCUCGCAGCAAGUAGAUCUAGGUAGACCUAAUUUACGCGAAUACGGAAGACGGCCCUCGCAGCAAGUAGAUCUAGGUAGGCCUAACUUACGGGAAUAUGGAAGACGACCCUCUCAGCAAAUAGAUCUAGGUAGGCCUAAUUUACGGGAAUAUGAAAGACGGUCCUCACAGCAAAUAGAACUGAAGAGACCUCGACAAGAGGAGUUUGCAAGACGUCCCUCCCAGCAAGUUGGCAUUAGCGGUAGGUCGCUUCCGAGUCGUGCUCCUCAGCAGCCGAUCCCCCCCAGGUUAGAUUAUGGGGAUUACACGAGACGCCCCUCUCAGCAAACUGACAUUGGCCUUCCUAGUGACAGAGCUUUCAUGAGACGACCGUCACAGCAGUUUGUCAUGAACUUCGAAGGAAUUAAAGAGUAGGACAAUACCAAGUCAUAUGAGAAGGCGAAGGUGGCGAAAGUCAGGCGGGCGAAAGAGGACGAGGAGGAAUUGGAAGGAAGAUUAGGAAUGGGAGGUCUUAAUUUGAUGUGUCUUGUGAUUCAUGACCAAAAUUUUCUCUCUCAUUCUCUCUCUCUCUCUCUCUCUCUCUCAUCCUUCGUUGCUUCUACCACGAACUCUGAAUAUGAAAAUAAUGAGUUUUCCAGUGAUUUUUCGUCGUUCUUGCAGUUCCUGUUGAUACCGCUGCUGCUGCUGUUGUUUGUUGUUGCUGUUGUUGCUAUUAAUGUUAAUUUUACUAUUACUACGUUGCCAUCAUUAUCAUCAGCUUCAUUUUCAUUAUCACCAUCUACUUACUAUUACUACAACUGCUGCUGCUGCUGCUGCUGCUGCUGCUGCUGCUGCUGCUGUUACUGCUGCUGCUGCUGCUGCUGCUGCUGCUGCUGCUACUACUACUACUACUACUACUACUACUACUACUACUACUACUACUACUACUACUACUACUACUACCACCACCACCAUCAUUCUCUCUACCACCACCACUACCACCACCACACAAUAAACAGAUAUAUGCGAAGCUGCACACAAGCAAUGAAGUGUCUUGUUACAGUACGAUACAGCCUCUAUUAUCAUUUCAGCAUUUAGUUUCUAUAUAAGGGAUAAAAAGCUAACAUCCCAUUUAUACUAACAAUCAUAUUCUACCUUCUCUUUAUCAAUCUCCUCCUCCUACUCCUCCUCCUCCUCCUCCCUCCUCGUCAUAAGAUUCAAGUAGGGAUGCGUGGAUAGGUAUAUCAGUAUACUCGCCUGUUUCACAUCCUGAAGUAAUUGACGGCACAGAUGAACGUUCCCUCAAAGGUGCAGGAGUGUGUGAUGAUGCAGCGCGGUCCGAGGGCUCAGUCAGUGGCGGGAAAGGUCUCGUGAUGUCAGGAGUAGGAUCAGUGGCGGGAAAUGAGAUAUAAUAUUCCGUGACCUUUUUGUGGUUCUAUAGUGACGUAUUACUGGGAUUGCAUGUGUUUGUUAUGCAUUUUUUUUUCUUGAUGGAUUUAUAAGUGCCUUAAUUGUUUACCAAUCUAUAAUUAGUCGUAUAUUUGACCGUUUUUACUUUUUUUUUUCUAUUAUUGUCCUCACUUUUUCUGUAGUUAGUUUUACCUCUAAUACAGUGCAGUAAAGUAUCGACCCUUACAAUGAAGCUAGUCUGUAAUACUGUAGAGUAGCGUACAGUAGUGUAGUUGAAUCACGCACUCUACUUGCCGCUUGAAGGUCAUUGGUAUGCACGUCUACACUUUUACUGUGCCACGUGUGUUCGAGUGUAGCUGUUUUGGAUUCUGGUCAUAACGUUUGCCAUUAUAUCCCUAUGUAUGCUGUAAUAUAAGAUUGUUUAUUGUACAUUCUCUCUCUCUCUCUCUCUCUCUCUCUCUCUCUCUCUCUCUCUCUCUCUCUCUCUCUCUCUCUCUCUCUCUCGGUACGAAGGUGUGUGGAUUUAGAUUCCUGAUAAAUACCUUUUGUGCUGUAAAAGUGUGUGAUACCUGUUAUUAUUAUUAUUAUUAUCAUUGUUAUUAUUAUCAUAUUAUUAUUAUUAUUAUUAUUAUUAUCAAUAUUAUUAUUAUUAUUAUUAUUUAUUAUUAUCAUUAUUAUCCUUAUUAUUAUCAUUAUUAUUAUUAUUAUCAUUUUUAUUAUUACUAUUAUUUAUUUUAUCUCGUGAGGAAGAACAUUGUCUAAUAAUAAUCCAGAUACAACAUACAUUCAUUGACAAAACUUCAUGAGUAGGCGAGCCAGGCUAGUAAUUGCGGGUGACAGUAAGGAGAGCACACACCGAGUUGUCGAAGGUAAUUUUAAAUAUAUGUUUAUGCUUUACCCUCGCUAUUUUUUUGCUUAGCCAGUGAUACAUUCUUACUCACAAGCUGUAUAAUUAUAAUAUCAGUGAACUCUAAGUAGCUUAUGUAUUUAUCUUUGUUCCUUAGUAGUUUUAAGUACUUUUAUUUUAGUUACUCCUUACCUCCUUGCAUUUGAGAGGUAGAACUAUUUGUAUAUUACUGUACCAAGUGGAAAGGAAUGGAAGCAAAAAUAAAGCCACAUAAAAGAUAAACAUAAA